UAUAGCUGUCAUCGGCUGAUCUAGAGAAGAGACGCCAGCUGACUCUUCAGCCCCUCUGACUUAAGACAGAAGUUCUGGGCUUCUCCUGCUGCGGCCUAGCUCUGAGACAAUGAACGCUACACGCUGCAUCUUGGCUUUGCAGCUCUUCCUCAUGGCUGUUUCUGGCUGUUACUGCCACGGCACACUCAUUGAAAGCCUAGAAAGUCUGAAGAACUAUUUUAACUCAAGUAGCAUCGAUGUGGAAGAAAAGAGCCUCUUCUUGGAUAUCUGGAGGAACUGGCAAAAGGAUGGUGACACGAAAAUACUUGAGAGCCAGGUUAUCUCUUUCUACCUCAGACUCUUUGAAGUCUUGAAGGACAACCAGGCCAUCAGCAACAACAUAAGCGUCAUUGAAUCACACCUGAUUACUAACUUCUUCAGCAACAGUAAGGCGAAAAAGGAUGCGUUCAUGAGUAUCGCCAAGUUUGAGGUAGACAACCCACAGAUCCAGCGCAAAGCCGUCAGCGAGCUCAUCAGAGUGAUCCACCAGCUGUCGCCAGAAUCCAGCCUCAGGAAGCGGAAAAGGAGUCGGUGCUGAUUCGGGGUGGGGAAGAGAUUGUCUCAAUAAGAAGAAUUCUUCCAGCACUAUUUGAAUUUUUAAAAUCUAAACCUAUUUAUUAAUAUUUAAAACUAUUUAUAUGGAGAAUCUAUUUUAGAUGCAUCAACCAAAGAAGUAUUUAUAAUAACAACUUAUGUGUGAUAAGAGUGAAUUCCUAUUAAUAUAUGUGUUAUUUAUAAUUUCUGUCUCCUCAACUAUUUCUCUUUGACCAAUUAUUCUUUCUGACUAAUUAGCCAAGACUGUGAUUACGGGGUUGUAUCUGGGGGUAGGGGACAGCCUGGCUGACUGAACUCAGGCUGUAGCUUAGACCUGUACUUCACUGACCAAUGGGGAACAUUCAGAGCGGCAGUGACCCAGUGACGUGCUGCUGAUGGGAGGAGAUGUCUACACUCUGGGGCCAGCGCUUUAACAGCAGGCCAGAUAGCACUUGAAUGAGUCAGAUAGUAGCAGGCUGUCCCUGGAAAAAAGCAGUGUCUCAGGAGAUUUUACACCUGGUGCUUCCCUAUACAGCUGAAAACUGUGACUAUACCCGAAUGACAAAUAAAUAACUCGCUCUUUUAUAGUUUAUCACUGUCUAAUUGCAUAUGAAUAAAGUAUACUUUUGCAACCAA